UGGGAUCACUACCGCCCUCUACCACCAGGAGGCCGGAUUACUGCGAGCCUCAACCAGUGAGGCCCCGCCUCCCCUACCUCUAGUGACUGCACGCCACUGGUAUGUAGUCUAUCUGCUCAUUCAUAUCUAUGGCUGAAAGUGUUGCUGGACGGCAGCUGUACUGUACGGUAACACGGUUCCUAUAAGCCUUCUGUUGCGGUACUUAUUCUUUUUUGUUUCACUACUUCGCAUUCAAGCUAGCUUGUCCUGUUUUCUCUCUUCUGUGUCCACGCUAACCCAUUGUUAUCUUAUGGUUGGUUAUGACCAAAAGGAGAACUAAUGUUUAGAGACCAUUAGCAUUAUUCAUUUUGCAUUUUAGAAGCCUCCGUAUUACUUUAACAUAUGUAAAGAAUUGAUAUUUUGACAUUUGUCUAUCGAUAUAAUGAAUAUUCCAUGUUCUAUUCGUGAUGCAUUGGGGAAUCAAUCAUUUUUCCCACCUAUUUAUGAGUCAGGAAAGUGGAAAAUCAUCAUGCCCUUUAACUAUUACAAAAUCUUAAACUAUUUUCACUCAGGUUUCUGUUUUGUUUUUGAUAGCCAUUGCCUGGUUUUGCUCGCAUUUGGUGACAUAUUCAGUGCUUCGUUGUGGUUAGCAUUCGAACUUGCCUUUCUCAGGCGGUCUCGGUACACCUGUUUGGUCCGUCUUGGGUGGGUUUGGUAGAGUGCGUUGACACCUGACCAAAAAUGACAAGUGUGAACACACAGCAAAUACGCAAAAAGGGAGGUACGGUGGUUAUUCAAGACAUUAUUAUGUUCUUAUCGGCAGAACACAAGCAUGUUAAAAAAUCUAAAGAGACUGAGGACUUUGCUGUUUGUGAGGCACUGGGAGAGUGUGGGGGAGGAUCUCCUGGGGCCAAUGAGGCUGGUAAACGGACCUCUGCAGAAAUGGAGCCUGACGCUAAGCAGUACUCAACUAGCAAGCGAGUCAGAAUCGCAGGAGAGAUGAGGCACUACUUGACAGAUGACAGCAGCCGCCAGGAGCCUCUGUGUCUCAGCACGAGCAACGUUAAGAGGGACAACAUCCGUGGGAAAUCCAGAGUUUCUUACAGAAAGCCUCUGUUCAGUAUCUCCCACAGGAUCUCUGAGAAGAAGAACACGCCAAGUGUAGAUCAGCAGGCUGAUCAAGGUGCUGGACAUAAGGCUGGCCUCUUCUCUUCCGCUCUCCUAAGUUCAGAAGGAAAUGGCUUACCGGAAGCUUUGUCAAGCCUGGAUGGUUCAGGCCAAGUGUGGUCAAAAGACUCUAACCUCUACCCUCUGAUUGAGAAAAUGUUUUUCAUUCUCAACAGUCUAAGUUCCAGCAUGACUCAGUUGCAUAGCAAAGUGGACCUUUUAAGUCUUGAGGUUAUGCGAAUAAAGAAGCAUAUCAAACCAGUGGAGAUGGUGGCAGACUUCCAACCUCCUCCUGAGUAUCUGCUAACAAGCGAAGAGUUGAAUUCUUUAAUGAAGCAGACAUCCAGUGCUGGGGAGCUGGGGUGUCGCUUACUGGUACAUCUCUUCCCCGAGCUGUUCAAAGCCAGGGAGCGCUCCCAUGACUGUGUGACAAGCAAGAGAUCACUGGAGUCUCUACAUCUGCAGCUGAUCCGUAACUAUGUGGAGGCAUGCUAUCCAUCGGUCAGGAACCUUAGUGUUUGGCAGGAUGAGUGUCUCCCUCAGCUAAAUGACUUUUUUAAUCGUUUCUGGGCUCAGAGGGACAUGGAAAGCGGUAGGCUGCUAAGGAAGCAGACAAUAGCAGGGGAAGAGAUCACAGCGGCACAUCCUCAAACCUAUCGUUUCAUAAAUGAGCAGGGUCGUGAGGAGCACAUUCUUCAGGGCAAUCAGCAGAGCAGCUUGGUUGGACCGUUCAACGAUCAAGCCACAGAGGAGCUGGAUGAGCUCGCCUCUCCUGAAGACUUAGUAAUUUUCCUCAUGCAUCGACUCUUCCCCGAGCUUUUUGAAGAGGGCAAUAAAGUGUCAGAGGGCUCAAAUUGUUUAAACAGCAUGGGCCAACUGAUUCUAGACUCUGACAGGAUGGAAAUCAUAAAAACGUACAUGGAAACUAAUUUUCCUGAUGUGCCUGAGGAGAGUUGGCUUCAGGUGUGCAUUCAGCACAUGGAGGAUGCACUCGAUUGUCCUCACAGCAACGGCAAUGGAAGUGAGCCUGACAACAUCAACGACGAGAGCUACGAUCUGGCCAGCAUUCCUGAGGAAGGUUCUGUCCUGAAGGUUUUGGACAUAUGUGGCAAUGAAAGGACCUCACGAAAGCCCAAAAGGUCACUGCUAUCACCCAUUGAUUUUGACAAUAUGGAGAUCCCUUUACCUAACUUUACUGUUCCACAGGAGCUCCUCUUGUCCAAUGAGCAGCUUAAGUAUAACUAUGAAUGUAGCUUGUCCAUCGGAAACUUCGCCUCCCGCCUGCUAGUUCUUAUGUUCCCUGAGCUCUUCACCCACGAGAACACCCGGAAGCAGUACAACUGCAGCGGUUCUCUCGGGAAAAAGCAGCUGGAUCCCCUUCGUGUGAACCUGGUCCGUCAUUAUGUGCAGCUGGUCUACCCGCAAGCAAGGAACGACCGAGUGUGGACAAUGGAGUUUGUGGGCAAACUUGACGAGAGGUGCCGUAGACGGGACACCGAACAGAGAAGAUCCUACCUGCAGCAUCGCAAAGUGUAUGGUCAAGAUGCAGAGCAGGACUUUGGCCUGAACCAGCUCCAUCCAGAUGCCUUGAGGGAGGAUCCAGAAAUUCCCUUGUUGCCCCCCGAGAAAAGCAGUAAAGACUUUUGCAAAAUUCCUCUGGAUGAACUAACUGUAUCCAAACCAGACUUCCCGGUCCAGUCAGUUUACCUGCUCUCGGAUGUGGAAGUUCGGGAAAUAGUCCAGCAGAGUCUCUCUGUGGGGAACUUUGCCGCACGACUGUUGGUGCGCCUCUUCCCAGAACUAUUCACGCAGGACAACCUGCGACUGCAGUACAACCAUUCUGGGGCCUGCAACAAGAAACAGCUGGACCCAGCGCGCCUCAGACUUAUCCGCCACUACGUGGAAACUGUGUAUCCUGUGGAGAAAAUGGAGGAGGUGUGGCACUACGAGUGUGUGCCAAGCAUCGACGAGCGCUGCAGGCGCCCUAAUCGGAAGAAAUGUGACAUUCUGAAGAAGGCUAAAAGGUCAAACAGUGUGUUGUAGUCAGCUUUCCUGACCAACUACCCCCCACCCAGAAAAAUACUUUAUCAUUGCACAGCAUAUAAGCUCAACUUUUACAAACCUGUCCUUUUUUAGGAUGAAGCCAACCUGUCACAUGUUUUCUGUACAAUUCUUAUUUUUAGAUUUAGACUAUUAUUGUUGGAUAAAAAGUUUUGAAAGAUAUUAAAAAAGCCAAAAUUGUCACAUGUAAUCUAACAUAAUUUUCACCUUAGACAAUUAAACAAUAGUAGUUGAUUACAUAGUUUUCUAUAUGAACAAAUUGCAAAGAUGUGACAUAUUUACAACACUGCAGUUUCUGAUGUAACAUUGUGUCACCCGUUUUAAUAACAAUGUGCUUAUAUUAAGCCUUAUGGAUGUUUGUGUUAAAGAAAAAUUAACAUUAAAGAUCACUUAGUUAUUUCUAAUGAAAAUCAUAUGACUGUGCUGUUACAUUAAUAAUUGGUGCAUACUCUGUUGGGCAUUCAUAUAGAAUUUAUUUAACGGUUAUUUAAACCUUAUUGGACAUUUUGUGUGACUUUUAUGUUGGCCGGCAGCACCAAUAUUUUUAUUCAGCAGGUGUAUAGUUGCACAACUUUGUCACACCACAAAAGCAUCAAAAAUAGUAAAAAUCGCACAAUACAAGUCAGAAUAUCCAAGUGCAUAUUUACUGGAUAAUAGGAAAGCGCUACCUUCAGUUUUUAAAUGUCAAAAAUCACAGACCUGUUUUUCCUCUAUAAUCCUUGCUGGACACUUGUUUGAGGAUACGAUACCGUGUCAUUGUAUCAUUGCUGACGCCGGUCGAUACAAUUACAAUCCAUUCAUACUGGGCUUCGAGGCUUGAAGGCCUCAUCCUGCGGUAACUCUAUAAACUUCCACCGCCGUAAGGAAAUUUUGUGCUUUUCCGCAUUGUUGGAUUUACCCAGAAACUUUUUGAGGAUGACUCUUUUUAGAGUAACAGUCUUUGCACCUGAGUUCUCUGACAGCACCAUGUCCAAAGUGUCCCCAACUUUUACCUGAGAGUACAUAGAGUAAGAACAGUCAGGACAAACAACAUACAUGAAGUGUAUCCAAUAACCGGUCGGGUCAUUUAUUAGUAAACACACCCACCGUUUUACUUUUCUUGAUGAGGGGUUGUCCAUUUAGUCGGAGAUUGUUGCUGUAAAAGCUGUCUUCGAUUUUACUGUCAUGACAAAAGAAAGUAUGCCAAAAAUUACAGGUGGAACUAAAAAAACAUCUGAAUAUUGUGCAAAGGUUUAUUUAUUGAAACGAAUAUACGACAUACAGUGCAUCCGGAAAAUUUUCAGAGCUUUACUUUUUUCCACAUUUUGUUAUGAUACAGCCUUUUUUCAAAAUGGAAUAAAUUCAUUUUGUCCUUAAAAUUCUACACACAAUACCCCAUAAUAACGAUGUGAAAAGUUUUCUUUUUAAAUUUGCAAAUAUAAAAAA